AAAAAAAAAAGAAACGAGGCGAUAGAACGGGAAAGCGCUCUCUCGCCAGUCCCCGGCUCAACACCGAAUCCGUGAAGAUUCAUUCUCCAUUCUAUUCGAGUCGCGGGGGCUAGGCCGGAUUCGAAACCGGGGAGGCGCCGCCGAUCCGUCCGGUCGCAGCGGCGUCUGAUUUGGUGCGGAUUUUGGCGAGAUAGCCCCACCCGCCCCUUGCCCCCUGCUCUGUUUUUUUCUUCAAGGGUAAAGAUGGCGCCGCCGCGGGGCGGCUACGACGAGCAAGAUCCGCGGACGGCGAGGGGCACUGAGGUGUUCGUCGGCGGGCUGCCGCGGUCGGCCACGGAAAGCAUGCUCCGGGAGAUAUUUUCUUCAUGCGGAGAGAUUAUUGAUGUGCGUAUAAUGAAAGAUCAGAAUGGCCAUUCAAAGGGAUAUGGUUUUGUUAGGUUUUCAAAGAGGGAGUAUGCUAAUACUGCUAAAAGGCAAAAGAAUGGUAUUGAGCUUCAAGGAAAGAGGCUUGAUGUUGAUCUUUCAAUGGAUCAAGAUACAGUUUUCUUUGGAAAUCUUUGCAAAGAGUGGACUUCAGAAGAAUUUGAAGAAUUGAUUCACAAGACAUUCAAAGAUGUUGUUUCGGUUGACCUUGCAAUGGCUUCAAAUCGUGGUUCUUCAAACAAGAGGAAUAUCAAUCGAGGCUUUGCAUUUGUGAGAUUUACUUCUCAUGCAGCUGCAGCACGUGUAAUCCGUAUCGGUUCAAGAACAGAUUUUAUGCUUGGCGAUUUGCAUCCUGCAAUAAAUUGGGCUGAUAAAGAGUCUCAUGUGGAUCCUGAUGAAAUGGCCAAGAUUAAGUCUGCUUUUGUUGGGAACCUGCCAGAAGAUGUUAACGAGGAGUACUUGAGAAAGCUUUUUGAACAGUUUGGUGAGGUGGUACGGGUUGCUAUAUCAAGAAAAGGACAAUGUCCAGUUGGUUUUGUUCACUUCGCCAAUCGUUCAGAGCUUGAAAAUGCUAUAGAAGAAAUGGAUGGUAAAACGGUGAGAGGACCUGAUCGAGGACCGUCUUUUAGGAUCCAGGUGUCAGUUGCUCGACCUGCAGCAGACAACGACAAGAAGCGAUCUCGUGAAGAAGUGAGAACUAGAAGAUCAAAUGUAUCAGGGGACAGGCAAGAUUAUUCUCAUGGAAGAUAUGGACAUGAUUCACUUGAUCGUCAAGUGAAAGCUUCAAGAUUAUCUAAUUAUGUGGGUGAUGCCUCUGACCCCUAUGAAUCAGCUGUUAAUUCAUUACCUUCAGCUGUCAAGGAAGUCUUGCUUCGAAUUCUACGUUUAGGAAUUGGUACUCGGUAUGAUAUUGACAUCCAAUGCGUAAAAAGCCUCAAUGAGCUUCCUGAGUCAUCUGCUCUUGCUGUCCUUAAUCAGUUUUUGAUAUCCGGUGGAGAUAAACGCAAUAAAGGAUAUUAUUUUGCAUCAUUGAUUGCUAAGCACCAGGCUGAGGCCUUUGGCUUAACACAUACAUUACAUGGUACUACUUAUUUGCCAAGAAAUCCAGAAAUGCAUAGCAAACGAUACCCACAUGAAGAUUAUGAUUUUGUGACACCCGGGAGCAGUAGAUACAAUUCCUCCAGCCAUCAUCCUUCAACAUAUUACAUAGACGAUCCACCAGUGUCUCAGUCAAGGAUUAGAAGAUAUGAUGAAGAAAGAUCCACCAUUGUAAGAAACCCAGAACCACGUCCACAUCAUGAUGAAAUUGACAUCAGAAUGAACCCAGAACCAAGAUUAGCGUAUGAAUCAAGACACAACACUGGAAAGCAUCUUGAUCGAAGAUACGUACAAGAGCAUAGUUCAAACAUUGAAAGAUCAGCUGAAGAAGCUGUUCUUUCUAGGGAAAGGAGAUUCCUGCCUCCUGCAGGGUACAACAAGGCAGGGUACAACACGGACUUAGGCUCAGAUUUCUGCUCCAGAUCACCCGCUGAAUAUUCAGCAGAGCGCCAACAAGUAAGGUUUGAUCCCUUCACAGGUGAACCUUACAAGUUUGAUCCCUUCACAGGGGAACCCAUCAGGCCAGAUCCAAACCCGCGCCGCUCAGGAAGCUUGUACUGAUCAGAUUGUUUGAAGCGAUAUGCCGGAUAAGAUCCUGAAACAAAGCUAGAUCUGGAUAACUCUCUUCUUAUCUGCCAAGUGCCUCUAUGUGAUGUUGCUUCUGGCCAACAAGAUCAUGUAUCCCGAGCACCAUGCAUGGUCCAGUAGCACGCUUUGUUUAUAUUUGAUGAACCAUCUUGGCACUGAAUUGUCAUAGGAACUUUUGUGGCCAUGACGCUACUUGUUGUUUGUAAAACAUUCAAGAAUACCUUUUUGAUAGAUCAAUUAAAAAUUCAACAACGUGAACAUGGGGAAAGCUAUUUUUUGGUAUUUUCUUAAGGUGUCAAUAAAGUAGGUGUGUCAAUGCAGAGUUUCAAAUGC